ACAAGUAAUGCGCAUUACAUGGUUAAACGAUAACAAAUGUUUACCUAACAAUUUUUUAAGAGUAAUGAGAUCUCUGAUUCAUUAGUUAUCAAUGUAUCCUAAUACUUUAUUAAAGUUUGAAUUUAUUAUUGAGGUGCAAAGAUGGACUUGGAACAAAUAAUUUCAUUUCUUAGAUCAUCAUUAGAUUCCCCAACACCGGACACAAAUUAUGAUUCGCAAGGUGAAACUUUAGGUGUUCAACCAUUACAACAACCUUCAUGUUCAAACCAAAGCCUAUCUCUUUUAGACGCUUGUUCCGAUGAAGAUACCGUUAAAAUUUACCUGCUAGAUAUUGAUGAAUUUAUUAAUCAAAACAAUGAAGGACAAUUUUUUGAUUCAUCAAUAGGAAAUUGGUCCAGUUCUAAUGAUCACAACAACCCAUCCGAUAGCUUGUACGCUAUUAGAAGCUUAAAUCCAUCGACACUGGAUACAGAUUUUGCUUUGCAAUGUGACACUUUAGCUGGUCAACCAUUUCCUCAAUCUCCGUGUUCAAACCAAAGUCUAGCUCUUUUGAAAGCCUUUUGCACCGAUGAAGAUACUGUUAAAAGUUACUUACUAGAUGAUGAAUUUAAUAACCAAAACUAUGAAGGACUACAAUUUUUAAAUUCACCGAUAACAACUCUUGACUUAGAUACAAUUGAAAACCUAUCUCCAGUUGCAACUCCUAUCUCAUCAUCCAUAUCUACUGAUCCACUGGCCAUUGAGCCUCUUUACCAUUUCAAGCUUAACAACCCUUACGAGAAUCUAAAAAUGAAUUUUAUUCAUCUCGUUAAACAUGGUUAUAAAAUGAGCUUGUCAUUAAACACAAAUAGUGAAAUUGAUGAGCCUUGGAAUGCUAAUGUUGGUCAAAAAAUCUUGUCCGUUUAUUUUUCUACAUUAAGUUUGCGAAGUGAAUAUUGGCCUGAUGAUGUAAAACUAGAUGGAUUUGAAUCGCUAUUAAUGGAUGAAGCAUAUGCCGCAUUUAAAGGUCAAAGAUACUUGAAUUUAUUCGCACUUAACAAUGACAGGAUGCGAGCAUGUCCAGAUAAACUCAUUUCGAUAUGUAAUGAGAUCAAAGGCUACAGAAAAAUUUUAACUAGCGAUAAAAUAACUCUUUUAUUCAACAUGUAUUAUCAUCUUCACACAAUGGACGGUGUUAUUAACUAUGACUCUACAAUUGACGGCUGGGAUUAUCCAGCAUCUGAUUACAAAUUUGAUCGACGAGACACAUUCAUCUUCAAUCGAUCCUUCCAUGAUGGACUUAAUUACGUUAUCGAAACCUUUCCCGAUCGUUUCAGAAACGAUAUAAAUGUUAUUAUUCUCAUAUAUCUAAUCGUUAUUUUCAAUGGUGACACAACCGGAUUGAAAUGUCCCGAAAUGAUCAGACAUGAACAAUUCUCAUACAUUUAUUUGCUUCGACGUUAUUUGCGGACAGUUUGUGAAUCUGAUUGUGAAGCUUCAGACAAUCAUUACAGAUUGAUGGUUAAAAUUGAACAUGUAAGGCUUUUAACUGAAAAAACCAAGAACAAAUUUCUUCGGCUACUUCAUGAACCGUUGUUGGAAACCAUAACAAAAGCAAUUACACUUGGAGUACCUAAAAGGAUGCCUCAAAUGUUUCAGGCGCCACAUUUAAAAACAUGAAUGCAUGUAAAAAUUGUUGAUAAACACAUUUGUACUUAAAGCCUAAGUGUAAUGUAGAGCUGAUAGUGAGUAUUUUGAUACUCGACUAUUCGAUUAUUAAUGUGAUUAGAGUAUUAUUGCCUAGGUCAAAUAAGUUAUGUUAACAACAGAAAGCUAAGUUAACAGGAGAAAUGAACUGACCUCAUUUAUUUAUAUCCUUUACUUUUAUUGUGUCUUUCAAACGUCGACAAUUACCUUCGAUAUGUUUCACUUUUUUUCACUUUGCACUUGUCAACCACGUUAACUAAGUCAAUGACACUUGCAUGAUCACUAUCGAUACCAAAAACCCAAUUUCACUAUUUAUAAUCAUGACAAUAAAAUGGUGAUUAAUUAACAGAUGA